GCUCCGCAGCACGCCAAGCGGGUGGGCGCCGCUGACCUGAGCGGCGUUCUCUCCUGUAUCGGGGGAUUCGAUGGCUGUUGUGUAUGUUUGUUUAUUAAGAUCGCGAAUUUGUGGUCUAAUAGCCUUCGAGCAUUUGGCUCUGCGUAGCUGUGUGUAGCUCUGCCUGCUGCCCGCUACCUGCUUUAGGGCGCCUCACGACGUUUGGAUGGGAUCACCCCCGUAGCACGGGGAGAGCUGCUCCGGGUCAGGGCUGUGCGCUAUGUCUGUUCCAGCUGAGCAGCGGUACUCUACGUGCUUGCCAUCUGGGCGUUCUCCUGGGUAACGCCCUGCCGCUGCCCUCCUGCCCGAGGAGAGCUGCUCAUGCCGUGAGGGCAUUGGGUGAGCUGUGCUUCUCUGUCAGGGUGGGAGCGAUGUGUGGUGAUGUGCUGUUUUCUAACGCGUGUUAUUCUAUAGAGAUGGAUGAAGAUGACAUGUGGUGAAGCUUGAGCACUUGUUGUCGAAUUCCAGGUUGCAGUCGUAGAUGGCUGCUGCUUUGACUUCAGUGUCGUUGAUUGCAAUACAGGCAGGAGAAAAGCAGUAGUAACAGUAAUGGUAAGAUGCUGCUCUUUAAAACUAAAUUAAGACCAUGCUUAGAGAAAGAAGCUACAUCUCUCCAGCCAGUGCGUUUAUGCAAGUAUAUGUUUCUUGAUCUGAGCUGUCUUUAUCAGUUAGCUGUUUUUUGUUUUUUUUUUUUUUUUUUUUAAUUGAACAAAUGUAGUCAGAAAUGUUUUAUUGGGCAUAGAUCAAUAUCUGGAGGAAAACAAAAACAGCAGAUCGGCUCAUCCCUUUUGUUUUGGAUUAGUGGAGCUCUAGAACGUAUUUUCUAUAUCACUGUGUAUGCUGUACUCUUAUAGUAUUUGUGUAUCUAAAGGAUGAUUCUGUUUCAGUUGAUGCUUCCUGUGGAGAUCUCGUGCAAAGUCUUUUUCAUUCGUGCUGCUCAGACUUGCAACAAAUCCGUGGAGUAAACUGCAGAAUACCUAGCUCCCUGUUGUGUUUUGUGGAAUGUUGUGAAUCGGAGAUCAUGCUCCCAAAGAAAUUGUGUGGAUUCUCCAGAGGAUGGGUGUUACAGGUUCAGAAAACAAGGAAAUGUCACUGCAGUAACAUGUCUGCAGGAGUUCAAGCCCCAUCUUCCUUCCAUCAUACAAAUGUUAUGAGCACAUUUUGCAGAGAUCUGUAUAACUGCAAAAUCUCAAAGGGAAACAUUACCAAAUGAGGAGGAAAGGAAGAUGUCAUCGAGUAUCGGCAACAAGGCAUUCCUCUUCCCCAUGCAGUAUUAAGCACUCCCCUACACGAGAAACCUUGACGUACGCUCAAGCUCAAAGAAUGGUUGAAAUAGAAAUUGAAGGUCGCCUACAUAGGAUCAGUAUCUUUGAUCCUUUAGAGAUUAUAUUAGAAGAUGAUCUUACAGCCCAGGAAAUGAGUGAAUGCAACAGCAAUAAGGAAAAUAGUGAAAGGCCACCAGUUUGUCUAAGAAGCAAACGGCAUAAAAACAACAAAGUGAAAAAGAAAAAUGAAGCUCUUCCUAGCUCACAUGGCAUACCUGCUACAACAGCUCCUCUUCCAGAACCAAAAGUACGGAUUGUUGAGUACAGUCCCCCUUCAGCUCCUCGGAGACCUCCGGUUUAUUAUAAGUUCAUUGAGAAGUCAGCAGAAGAACUUGAUAAUGAAGUCGAGUACGACAUGGAUGAGGAAGAUUAUGCGUGGUUAGAAAUAAUUAACGAAAAGCGGAAAAGCGAUGGAGUGUCAGUUGUUUCCCAGAACAUGUUUGAAUUCCUCAUGGAUAGGUUUGAGAAAGAGUCCUAUUGUGAGAACCAAAAACAGGGUGAUCAUCAGUCUUUAAUUGAUGAAGACGCGGUAUGUUGUAUAUGCAUGGAUGGUGAAUGUCAGAACAGCAAUGUAAUCCUGUUUUGUGAUAUGUGUAAUUUAGCAGUACAUCAGGAAUGCUAUGGGGUGCCAUAUAUACCCGAGGGCCAAUGGCUCUGCAGACACUGUCUGCAGUCCCGUUCUCGGCCUGUAGACUGUGUGCUGUGCCCAAACAAGGGAGGUGCCUUUAAAAAGACUGAUGAUGAUCGUUGGGGACAUGUUGUGUGUGCUUUGUGGAUUCCAGAGGUUGGAUUUGCCAAUACAGUUUUUAUUGAGCCAAUUGACGGUGUCAGGAACAUUCCCCCAGCCAGAUGGAAGUUAACGUGCUACCUCUGUAAACAGAAAGGUGUUGGUGCCUGCAUCCAGUGCCACAAAGCAAACUGCUACACUGCAUUCCAUGUGACAUGUGCUCAAAAGGCUGGUCUGUAUAUGAAAAUGGAACCUGUGAAAGAACUGACUGGCAGUGGGACAACGUUCUCUGUAAAAAAGACUGCCUAUUGUGAUGUACAUACUCCGCCAGGUUGCAUACGGAGACCUCUAAAUAUUUAUGGAGAAGCUGAAAUCAAAAACGGUGUUUGUAGAAAGGAGGGAUCAGUCAGAACUGCUAGGUCUACAUCAAAAGUCAGAAAAAAGACAAAAAAAGCCAAGAAAACAGUUGUUGAACCCUGUACAGUUAUGCCAACCGUAUCUGCUCCUUAUAUUCCCCCCCAGAGAUUAAAUAAGAUUAUGAAUCAGGUGGCCAUUCAGCGGAAGAAGCAGUUUGUUGAACGAGUGCACAGUUACUGGUUGCUUAAAAGGCUGUCUAGGAAUGGUGUUCCUCUUUUGAGAAGGCUACAGUCCAGUUUGCAGUCACAACGAAACACGCAACAGAGAGAAGAUGAUGAAGAAAUGCAAGCCUUAAAAGAAAAAUUGAAGUACUGGCAAAGGCUGCGUCAUGAUCUUGAAAGGGCACGCUUACUGAUUGAGCUGAUACGUAAGCGUGAGAAAUUAAAAAGAGAGCAGGUCAAAAUUGAGCAGGUUGCUAUGGAACUUCAGCUUACUCCAUUCAGUGUCCUCCUUCGAUCAGUCCUGGAUCAGCUGCAGGAAAAGGAUUCUGCUCGUAUAUUUGCUCAGCCAGUGAACCUUAAAGAGGUUCCAGACUAUUUGGAUCAUAUUAAACAUCCUAUGGAUUUCUCCACCAUGCGAAAACGGUUAGAUGCUCAAGGCUAUAAAAACCUCAGUGAAUUUGAAGAAGACUUCAAUCUUAUCAUAGAUAACUGUAUGAAGUACAAUGCAAAAGACACAAUAUUCUAUAGAGCUGCAGUGCGGUUAAGAGAUCAAGGAGGUGUAGUUCUCAGGCAAGCUAGGAGAGAUGCUGAAGGAAUUGGUUAUGAUAAUGAAACUGGAAUGCACUUACCUGAACGGCCUAAACUUGAGUCACCACAGCCUUUCUCUUGGGAAGAUGUUGAUAGGUUACUGAAUCCUGCAAACCGAGUGCAUAUGUCCCUGGAAGAACAGCUGAGGGAGUUGCUAGAAAAACUUGAUCUUACCUGUGCAAUGAAAUCCAGUGGGUCAAGGAGCAAAAGAGCAAAGCUGUUAAAGAAGGAAAUCAGCAGUAUUCGCAACAAGUUAAGUCAGCAACACAACCAAGCUCCUCAAAUAGAAUCAGGUAUUGGAAGUUUUGAAGAAGAAAGUGCAGCACUAGAACAAGAUGGAGAAGAAGAAGGAGAUAAAUCUCCCCCUAAACUUGAACCAUCAGAUGCAUUACCUCUUCCUUCAAACUUGGAGACUAAUUCAGAACCACCAACCCUCAAACCAGUAGAACUCAAUCCAGAGCAGAGUAAGCUUUACAAAAGAGUAAAAUUUGAUAAUGAAUUAUAUAGCACUUGCAUUCAGAAAGAAAUAAAUGGACACACUCCAGAACACUUACUUGACAGUAAUCUCAAUGAGUCGACUGUUUCUGCUGUAGCUGAGUCAUCAACUGAUGUAAACAGACGUACAUCCAUUCUCUUCUGCAAAUCGAAAAGUAUAAGCCCCCAAAAGUCUGCAAAGAACACUGAAACCCAGCCAACUUCUCCACAGCUAGGGACCAAAACCUUUUUGUCUGUAGUCCUUCCAAGGUUGGAGACACUUCUGCACCCAAGGAAAAGAUCAAGGAGUGCAUGUGGAGAUUCUGAGGUUGAUGAUGAGUCCCCUGUAAAGCGCUUGGAUACAGGUCUUUCGAAUGGUUUUGGAGACAGCAGUAAAGAGAGAGCGUUAGAUGAUUCUGCAGGGAGAAAAGUUGAACCUCGUCGCCGCUGUGCAUCAGAAUCUAGUAUUUCAUCUAGUAACAGUCUUUUGUGUAACACCAGUUUCAGCCUACCAAAGUGUGGUAAAGGUAAACCAGCACUUAUACGAAGACACACAUUGGAGGAUCGCAGUGAAUUGAUAUCUUGCAUUGAAAAUGGAAACUAUGCCAAAGCAGCAAGAAUUGCAGCUGAAGUUGGUCAUAGCAGUAUGUGGAUUUCGACUGAUGCUGCAACAUCUGUUCUUGAGCCUCUGAAAGUAGUAUGGGCCAAAUGCAGUGGAUAUCCCUCUUACCCAGCUCUGAUCAUUGACCCUAAAAUGCCUCGUGUUGCUGGUCAUCACAAUGGUGUUACUAUACCAGUGCCACCUUUGGAUGUACUGAAGAUUGGAGAACAAAUGCAGACCAAAUCAGAUGAGAAACUAUUCUUAGUACUGUUUUUUGACAAUAAAAGAAGUUGGCAGUGGCUUCCCAAAUCCAAAAUGGUUCCCCUUGGGAUAGAUGAGACCAUAGACAAGUUAAAAAUGAUGGAAGGUCGCAACUCGAGCAUUCGAAAAGCAGUAAGGAUUGCUUUUGAUCGUGCUAUGAACCACCUGAGUAGAGUACAUGGAGAACCAGUCAGUGACUUCAGUGAUAUUGACUAACAGAUUCUACCAAGGCGUGAAAAGUACCACAGACUUGAACUCUACUUAAGAACCUCUUUGUCUGAAAGAAUGUAUUGAAGAUACAACCCCUUAAUUGUUGAUUCAGUGGCUCAGUUCUGCAAACUUGAAAUUGUUGAGCAAUUCUUCUAAAUCACCAUUGCCAUAUUGACAAAUGAUUUUAUCGUAUUAUAGUUUGGAGGAUUUUCCACUAAACAUAUUAAAACAUCUUGUUCAUAGUGUGCAUAAUUGUACAUAACUGUAUAUUCAACACUUAACUUAUUCUGAUUUUAGAUAGCUCUUUAAUUUCUUUUAUAAUUUUGCUGGGGAGGGAGUUGGUUUUUGUUUCCAUGCUUUUUCUUCUUUCUUUCUAAGUUUAAGUUACCUAAGCACCAUCUUCCAGCUUAAGGUGUUUAGUGAAUUGUAAAGCCUAAUAUCAAAAUUACAUCAAAUAUAUGUUUGCCUAAAUCAUAUACGAUAUGGUGCUGCUUGUAUCAUUUCUUCCUUGGUCUGUAGCUUCUGAAAAAGACUUCUGAAUGUUUGUGUAAAUCAUUGCUCUUUGCACAAAGUACCACAUAUUUUAAGAUUGAUGUAAAUUUACAAUUACAAAUAUGUAUUUUAAGAAAGGAAGUUGCAUUAUUUUGGAGGGUACUUUGUGAGAAAGGCAUCAAGGAAAAAAAAAAUUACUAUGUACAUCACUUGCAAAUCACCAAAAACACUCCAUAGUUGCCCAAAAUAGCUUGAGAUUGUUUUUGUUUUAAACAAAUCUGGCUUAAAGCCUGCAAGCACAUUAUUUCUUUCACAACCAUAUCCCAUUUAUCUCCCAUUGAUUUUAUUUUAUUGAUAUAUGUGCCUCCCUGUGUUUUAUUUAUUGUAGAAAAUGUAUUAAUUUGCUUUAUAAUGAAAAAUAAAAUUGACAAAUAUAUUGAUAUGCAUUUUUAUACAGGCACAUGAGAAGACAACUUGCUUUGGGAGAAAAAAUGUAUUGGAAAUUGUAUAAAAUAACUUGAUGGUUUGUGUGUAAUUUGAUUUUUUUGUAACUUGUAAUCUUCUGUUUCCACGGAGGGGAUUUAUGUAACUUUUAAUUUAGAACACUUUGGUAGCAAUAGAAACUUUGGAUACAUUUUUGUAUGGUACAUGUGAUGUAUAUAGAAUUAGUACUUUAUUUUUAUUUUUAAGAAGUAAAGCAUUAUGUUUGGGCAGGGGGAAGAAGGAGGGGGGUUUCCAGAAUUGCAUUUUUAUAUUAAAAAAAAAAAAAAAAUAAAGUCAAGAUAUUGAUUGUUGUAGCUACUUUAUUCCUACCUUCACUGAGAAUACAGAAUUUGUAACAAUGAAAAUGGCAAGGUAUGUUUGCAAUGUGAUUUAUAAUGACUCCAUUAUUUAUAAAUGCACUGUUUGAACUCUUUUGCAGUGAUAUCUUAAAUACUGUACCAAGUUAUAUAAUAUGAAACACCAAAUAAUGCAUAUGAAUGCACCAAGUAUUUAUGCCCAGCUUUUUUUUAUAAAGGAUUAGCAAAAAUACAGCAAAACCAGUACUUUUUAAACCUUUUUUUAAAACUUCAUGGAUAGCAUACUUCAUUGUUAAACCUGCUUGAGUCUUUAUUUUAAAGGGACAGUUACUUUAUAAAUAGUUUUUAAUGUUUUUAUUCUCUAUUGUUUGUAAUACCCCCUUAGAAGCUUGAAAUAAAAUUUCUUUCUCAACUGUUAAUUUUGUCCUGAAUUUGGCCCCUGAAAUUUUGCUGUAGCGCCCAUUCUCUUAAUCCAUGACUGAAUUGUUGAAGAGGUGCUAGUUCCAGAACCUUGUUUUCUUGCUGCAGCAUGCAUUGCCAUCCUUACUGAGCGUUCCGUGUGCUAAAUAUUCUAGUUAUGCCCUACUGGCUGAGAGCAAUUGCCUGUAAAGGACGACAGUAAUUGCAAAGUUGGAUAAGUUUCACAAAUGAUCGAGCAAACAGUUCUCCCAGUCUUGACAGUAAACUUUGCUUUAGGGGAAAUAGUGAUGGCAGGUGUUCUGCUGUGACAGAAACGAUUGACACAUCAGGUAGAAAUAAAAUGAAAACUUGCUCAUUUGCUUUAAUUAGUACUUUCGUGUAAUGACUUUAAGGAUCUGCCAUUUCACUAUGCUUAUUUUUGAUGGGAAUUGAGCUUAACUUGCACAAUAUUGAGACAAUAGAUCUCUUUUGAUCUUCUAGGGUUGCUUAUUAAGAGAACCUUCAAAGAUAGCCUGUGCCAGGUCAUGUUUCAGAUGUGGGCCACCAAAUCAGUGUGUGUGAAAACAAAUAAUGAUUGGUAGGAAGGGAAGAGAAAAUAAAUUGGAGUUCAGAGUGGGAAGAUGAUAAUUUCAUAUGGGUGGAACUUUUAUACCUCCGAAGUAUAAAUUUCCACUUAAUAAGUUACACACGCAGGCAUCUCCUGUCAGUUCUUGGAGAAGGUAACUUUUUAUUGAUUUUGAGAGAAUACCUAUACAAACUACUCUGUGAAUGGAGUAAAUGGGCAUGGAAGGCUGUGAUUUUUUUUUGUUCUUCUGUGCAUGUGGUGGAAACUGUCCCAGAACUCAGGUUGCAGCAGUGGCUACAGCUUUUCCUACACUAUGCCAAAGUAAACUAUUAUCCAGUGGUUCUUCAGGUUGGUUUCCUGUGUAAAAUGAUUUCUCAGACUUGUUGCUCGUCAGUGAUGUGUUUUAAGGAGAUGCAUGCUUACUUAGUGAAGGAAGAUUGAUCCCCAAAAUUGCUUUAUUUCCUAAUUUUAUGGCCUAUCUCAAUAGUCAGAUAAAUGCGUAUGUAUCUGAGGAUGUGUUUUGCUAUGUUUCAGACCUUGCUCUUGACCAUUAGUAACUGAAGUAAUCAUAGAGUAGAAAUUAGUAUUCUAGUGGAGGAAAAAGAAGGGAACAACAUCAUAAAGUUUGCGUGGAGCAGUAUCCUACUGUUUUCUCAUGGAGCAUCACAGCAGUAAAAGCAGGGUGUGGAUUUGCAUACUCACUUGUCAAUUCUGGUGUGACCAUCCCCAGCUAAUAAAGAGUGAUUAUCCCGGAUCAGAAGCUGAAACAAAGUUAAUUUGUCCUCUCUUGUAUUAAAAUGUGAGAAAUCAUGUUAUAAAUAUUUAAGGAAAAAAGGGGUGUAAUGACUUUCUUUUUUUUUUUAAAAAAAGAAAAAAAAAAAAAAAAAGUUUGUAUUUGUUACCAAAUGCAGUGGAUUUUGCAAUGUUUGUUGUGAUUUUUGUAUUUUUACACUAGAGGGAGCAAUACACACAGACCAUCAACAUUCACAAAAAUAUUUAAUAUUUUCUUUUUAAAAUGCUGCUAUUAAAACUUCUUGCUGUUAAACAGUC